GGAGUUACAACAACCACUGUGAGGAGGGAUAGUGGAAAAGGUAGGCUAAUGUAGGCUACUGUUAAUGUCAAACCAUACUUGGCCGGCCAGUGUUUAGUGGGGACUAGGGAAUGGUUAUCAGCGUGCCUGGAAACUAUGCAACUUUCUAAUGUGCAGUGGUAGCUUUCAAAGUUUAGAGGCCAAGUUUACAGAAGAGAAGCUUGGACGUUGUAAGCGCAAAAGACGGUCAUGAUGACGAAUGAGAAUCUGUGGCGCAAACAAUGUUUCAACUCUGCAUUCUAGGAUCAUCAAUUACGCGCGUGUGUAUUCGUAUUAUUUCAAGAAUGUGUGUGAUACAGAAAGAAAAACCAGUGACUAGAGUGCGAGUACCCUAACGACUCUGUCCAAGAACAUUCUGAAGCUGUAAAAAUGCACGCAGUUACCAGCCUCUCAAUGGUCAGUUUGCUAAGUUUUGGCUACUUAUCCAUGGACUGGAUCAAGCCGAAUCAAGUGGAGGAGCACAUUCAAAACGAUGCCUCUAUUAAGUUUGAGCCUAAGCAACCACCACACAUCAUAUUCAUACUGACGGAUGACCAAGGCUUCAAUGACAUAGGUUAUCACAACCCGGACAUUCUGACUCCAACUCUGGACAAACUGGCCGCGGAGGGGGUGAAGCUGGAGAAUUACUAUGUUCAACCUAUCUGCACUCCGUCACGCAGUCAGUUGAUCACGGGCAGAUACCAGAUCCACACAGGCCUCCAGCAUUCCAUCAUCCGGCCUCGCCAGCCCAACUGCCUCCCCCUGGACAUGACCACGCUCCCACAGCGGCUGCAGGAAGCGGGGUACGCUACUCACAUGGUGGGCAAAUGGCACCUUGGCUUCUACAGGAAGGAGUGUCUGCCCACGCGCCGAGGCUUUCACAGCUACUUUGGCUCUCUGACGGGCAGUGUGGACUACUACACGUAUGGCUCUUGUGACGGACCAGGCCUGUGUGGCUAUGACCUCCACGAGGGGGAGACAGUGGCCUGGGGCCGGGGAGGCAAGUACUCCACCCACCUCUACACGCAGAGGGUACGCAAGAUCUUGUCCACUCACGACCCAUCCCACCAGCCCCUGUUCAUGUUCCUCUCCCUCCAGGCCGUACACACGCCCCUGCAGUCACCCAAGGCCUACAUCUACCCCUACCGCGGGAUGGGGAACGUAGCCAGAAGGAAGUACGCAGCCAUGGUUUCCAUCGUAGACGAGGCUGUACGAAAUGUCACCUAUGCUCUGCGCAAGUACGGCUACUACCGCAACAGUGUGCUCAUCUUCUCCACUGACAACGGUGCCCAGCCGUUCACUGGAGGGAGUAACUGGCCUCUCCGGGGGCGUAAGGGAACCUACUGGGAGGGAGGGGUCCGUGGGGUGGGCUUCGUACACAGCCCCCUGCUGCGUCACAAGCGGAGGGUUUCCAAGGCCCUCCUGCACAUCACUGACUGGUACCCAACCCUGGUGGGUCUGGCUGGGGGUAACGUGUCACUGACUGAGGGUCUUGAUGGCUACAAUGUAUGGCCAACCAUCAGUGAGGGCAAAGAGUCCCCACGCCUGGAAAUCCUCCAUAACAUUGACCCACUCCACCGGCGCUCUGGCCUGGCGUCUGGGUCUGGGCAGGAGGCCCAGCAUGUGUGGGACACCACGGUCCAGUCUGCCAUCCGGGUGGGGGACUGGAAACUGCUAACAGGGGACCCGGGCCAUGGAGACUGGGUCCCACCACAGGUACUGGCCAACUUCCCAGGCAGCUGGUGGAACCUGGAGCGGAACACUGGGGGAACAGGGAAGUCUGUGUGGCUCUUCAACAUCACAGGAGACCCCUAUGAACGCAGUGACAUGGCGGUGCAGAGGCCUGAUGUGGUCAAGAAGCUGCUAGCACGUCUGGCCUACUACAACCGCACUGCCGUCCCUGUCAGGUUCCCCAACGACGACCCCCGGGCCAACCCAGACCGCAACGGGGGCGCCUGGGUACCGUGGGUCGGGGGGGACGAGGACGAGCCAAAAUGGAACGGGGUCUAUAAGAAAGGGAGGAAUAAAAAGAAGAAGAAGAAAUGCAAGCUGUGCAAACUGAGAUCCUUUUUUAAGAAACUGAAUACAAGGAUAAUGUCCAAUAGAAUAUGAGGUGGGAAUGUCAAUGACACUCAGUCACAAGUAGCCUAUACAUUUUACACUGCAAGAAUAAUCUGAGCCAGCAACUCCUUGUGUGUGUGUGUGUGACAAUGGAAAACGAUGUUUACUGUAGUGCAUCUCUUUGACUGUGCUUUCAUAUGUUUUUGGAUGUAGGACUAUUGGGUUCUAUGGUGUUUAUCAAUUUUUCUAUUUGAUCCAUUUAUAGUGUGUAGCUAAGUGAAUUCAACAUGUAUACAGUACGUUGACCUACUCACUUGGGGUUAUUUGAGUAGUAAUGACUUGAACUGACCUGUUUUUUUAUGUUUUUGAGAAUAUCUAAGUACUGUUUUAAUUAAACAGAAACUAAUGGGUGAAACUAGAACAAAACAAGGGCAUGAUUUUUUGGAUUUUCAUAUAAUUUAAUCGAUAGAAGGGUCCUUUGGAGGAAGGAUUGUUGACAUAUAUUUGACAUUUGUAUCUUAAAGCAUAAUUGAGAAAUCAUUAAUUGAAGUUGGAACAUCUGUGACAUUUUGGCCUUACCCAGGCCUCCUUUAAAGCUGCGAUCCGCAAUAGGCGAAACAGCGCCUUUGGCUGCCCCAAGCGCAUUUGUUAUUGUUUUUGUUUGAGGAAAUUAGCAUCCAGCAUCGUCGUAAAAAAAAUUUGUUGUACAUGCUAUACUUUUCUAUUGCGCGUGCAAUGAUGUGCUAUGAUAUCUGAGGGAAAAAAACUGUGUUAAUUGUUUAAAGUAACAUCUUUGUUAUUGUAAUAUUGCAAAUGGACAUGGCAGUUUCACCGCUAUCGAUUGCAGCUUUAAGACUCGAUAAUGUCUUACCGCUUGCUCUGUAAUAUGAGUUGUAUUUUGAUUUCAAUAAUAAUUUUCUGACAUUAAUUAAUGCAUGUUGUAAAAUAUAGACAUGGAAAAUGUACAAUUUUUGAUUAGGCAAAUGUUUCUAUAUAUUGUUGAACAUAAUAUAUUCAAUGGGCAUAUCAACGUUCCAGAGUGGGAUCUUUGCUAGUUUUAAAGUAAUGGUCCAUUUUAUACAGAAAAAUGUGCAUGUUAGGCAGGUUUCCAUUGAAGUUUAUUCGGCAAAAGCAAUGUCGCAAAAAACAUUGCGACAUGUGAAACUGCAGCUAUAGGAGAAAUGUUCUAAAGAUCAACCAAAUGUUUAUUCAUUCGACAGGGGUGGGUUUUUCUUUUGUCAAACUUUGUUUAUUGCGACAAAUGAUCUAACCAGUGUUUUUCGAAUAAAUGAUGAUUGCAGAAUCAUCACAUAACUACAGUGCCUUCAGAAAUUAUUCAUCACACCCCUUGACUUUUUCCACAUUUUGUUGUGUUACAGCCUGAAU